CAUUCGGUUGUGAAGGCAUCAGAUGCUGGUUUCAAUCCGGUGCAUACGGUAUCGAAAAUGCGAUGGCUACGGAGUUCUUCCACAUUUAUGCUGAUUUGUAGAGCCUUGCCUUGGUCAUGAAGGUUUCCGGAACCUUGUCCCUGCUCACUGUGACCUCCUCCACCUCCGCCUGAUCCCCUCCCGCUCGCUGGCCUUAUCUUGUCGCGCCCGUCGCUAACAGCGCCAGAGACCAAGACACAAUGACUCCGAACGGCGAAAGGGCGACGCUGCCGAUCAAUACAGUGGACCUCCUCAAGCACUACGAAGAAUAUGGAGUCAUCAUCUGCAAGCCAUGCGCUUUUGCGAUUCAGCCUUCCGCGUUGGCGAGCCACCUGCUCAAACAUCAGAUAUAUCGGAGCGAACGCCGUCGCCUGAUGGCUCAGCUGGCGCAUCUCAAGCUCAAAGAUCCAGCAGACGUCGUGGACCCUUCCCCAUUGUCGCCGCCGAUACCCGAACUGCAGGUAUAUAAAGGAAUUCGGUGCUUGCACAAGGAUUGCCAACAUAUUUGCGCAAGCGAGAAACGCAUGUCCCAACACUGGUCCGACGUACACGGCGAACGAGAAUCAAAGAAUGUUGUAACACGGCCUGCCUGGCUGCAGACUUUCUUUCGCGGCAACAAGAUCCGAUACUUUGAAAUUUCUGGGCCUGGCGGCAAUAGAUCGGGAAGUCUGAGCACUGUGAGCAGCCCAUCGAGCAAUGGACCUUCGACCUUUUCACAUAGCGAGAUCGACUCAAGUCCAGCCUCGACCGAGGCUCAUUCCCUAGAUAUGGACUCUCUGCGCUAUCUUUUGCAUUAUACAGAACACACCAGUCGCACAUUACCGAGGACUGAAUCCGAAUCUACCAAAUUUUGGAGCUCCAGCAUCCCUCAGGAGGCUUUGAAGCACCCAUUUCUCAUGAAUGGCCUGUUAGGACUCAGUGCUUUUCACCUUGCCAGGCUGACACAGGAUCAUGAUCCAGCGCAAGCGGCCUACCACCAUCAAGCCUUCGUCCGUUAUCAAGCGGCCAGCCUGACGGAUUUUCGGGAGCUCACACGGCGUCCAGAUGUGUCAAACGCCGUAGCACUGAUUGCAUACUCCCGAAUUUUGAGUAUUCAGAGAUGCACGAGAGACGUCCAUGAUGAGUACAAGAUGAAUUGGCCCACACAGUUCAUGUACCUUGUGCGUGGAACUGUCGAGUGUUUGGUCUCACUUCAACCAUACCUCCCGGAUGGCUGCGAUUUCAAAUUCACACUCGAAGACUAUGAGGGUCUUGCGAGAUUGGACGACGAAGCUGCCAUCAGCAAGGAUUCCAAGAGUAUCGCCAAUAUUCCUCCAGCUAUGUUGCAAAGACUGGAUCAACUUCCCGAACGAGUUGCCAUGGUAUCAGAUCCUGCGCAUACAUGGGAUAUGGACAAUGCGGAAGCAUGUUGUUCAGCAUGCACAGCUUUGAUAGCAGCGUACGCGCGAGCAUACUCUGUCAACCAAUGCAGUGCCUCACUCGCCGUUGGCAGUUCAGACAAAGAUGCGAUUCGAGCAAUUUGGAGUGGAUUUGAAGCCUGGACUCGAACUGUCAGUGAUCGCUACAUAAACAUGUUGGAACAGAAUAGCGGACCUGCCCUCAUUGUUCUCGCUCAUUUCUGCGUGCUUGUCAAGCGUUUUGAGGAGCGGUACUGGUAUAUCAAAGGCAUGCCAGAUCGGAUCAUUGGUCUCAUCGAGGACAUGCUGGAAGAUCGCUACAAGCCUUUUGUGUCCGAUCUGUACCACAUUCUGGACUGAUGAGAUCUGGCGAGGCAUUCGUUUACGAAUCGGUAGUGUCAUCGAUGCUACAUCUCUGGAGCAGUCAUCGGCGCCUUGACAUAAUGACCCACGGUUAGUGGACUGCGGUCCAGGCAAAGGAGUCGAAAAGGGGUGCUGCCUUUCGAUCCACGGACGACGGAAGGAAAGAAAGUUUCUCUGUCUACAUCACAUACACAGUGAAUGUAGCCUUCCCUCGAGACCG